UUUGCCCUCGUUUGCCUUUCGCGGGUUCAUCGGUCAAUAUGAACUUCGUUAAACUAGUUAUGUUUUAUGGAGUAAUUACUUAUGUUUCAGCAAUAGAACCCUUCUCUGCACUCGGGGCCAUUGGAACAGCAGUAGUUGCUGGACUAUACACAGUUUUUACACCAAUUAAAUGUCAAUUUAAGGAAUGCUGCACUUCAAAGUGGAUAAGUCUGAAUACAACAGCUCUCCAAGAAGAUCUUAGAAGAAGACUCUAUGGACAGCAUUUGGUAACAGAUGUUAUCAUUAAACAUUUGAAAUCUCACAUGACAAAAGACCCAUCAAAAGCAUUGACUCUUUCAUUUCAUGGAGGAACUGGAACUGGAAAAAACUAUGUCAGUAAGAUCAUUGCUGAGAGCAUAUACAAGGAAGGAAUGAGGAGUAAAUAUGUCCAUUUAAUCUCUGCAACCAAAGAAUUCCCACAUAAAGACAUGGUUCCUUUGUACAAGGAUAAACUGAGGAAUUUAGUUGAAAGCAGUGUGAACGAGUGUCCACAGUCCUUAUUUAUUUUUGACGAAAUUGACAAGAUGCCAGCAGGAAUUCUUGACACUUUAAAGCCGUAUUUUGACUUCUAUGAACAACUUGGGGGCACUGAUUACAGGAGGGCAAUGUUUAUUUUUCUGAGUAACACUGCUGGAGAAGACAUAUCAAAACAUGCCUUGAACAAUUGGCGUUCAAAAGAGUUCAAAAGAGAAGACAUUGGACUCAAGGAAAUGGAGCAAAUCAUCAGCACGGCUGCGAUAAACAGCAAAACAAGUGGCAUGUACCACAGUGAUAUAAUAUACAAACAUAUGAUCACUGCCUAUGUCCCAUUUCUGCCAAUGGAGAGGAAACACAUCAAGGAAUGCAUAAAAGAUCUCCUGGUUGCCAGAAAUUAUUACAGACGUGAGGACAUUCCUGAGGACAAAAUCAGAGUAAUUGCACAGGAACUGAACUAUUAUCCAGCUGAUAUGGAAAUAUUUUCAGUGACCGGAUGUAAAAGAGUUCCAGAAAAAGUGACAUAUGUAAUGGACGAGGAAUAAAAAUUUGUGAAAGACAAUGACAAACACACACUUUUGCAAUGUCAUUAAUUUAAAUAUAAACUUUUUUUGCAUGCAUUGUCUUUCAUUAAUUGUCACAGUUACAAACAUACAAGCAUUGUUAAUGAAUCUAAAAAUUUGAUCAUAAUUUUAAAAUGGGAUCUAGUUUGUACAAUAAUACCAGUAAUUAAAAAUUUGUUUGAUUUUUGAAAAAGUUUGAUGAAGGUUUAAAUUGAAAAAUGAAACCAUAUUUUGCAUGAGAUAUGCAUAUGGUACAGUGUAUGUAAUUUCAGAGUUGUGUAUUUCUAAGAAUUUUACUUUAAAUUUAAAUAGAUUAAUUCCACAUAUCAGAUCAAUAAUAUAAGGCCCCUAUUCAUUUACAUGUACUUCCUAUGAUAAUAAUAUAACCAGUAGAUAGAGACUUCAUUGUCUACUGUAAGAGUCAUUACUUUGUAAAAAUGGUGAUGCAGAUUCGUAAAGAUGAGCAUUAUCCAGGAGUUAAUUAUAUACAUUUUUAUUUAUUGCAAGUUAUACCGGCCCAUUUGUAUCUCUUAAUAUACAUAUUUGACUAUGCUCUAUUCAUUUAUUUUUGUGCGCAUAGUUUACUUUUUUAUGAUGCAUAAGUAAGGACAAGAACAAUGUCUAAACUGUCUUUCUGCUGGUUUUAUUUUUGUUUUGUAUAUAUUGUUGUAAAUCAGUUUGAUAUUAAGCAUGUACAUGUAUUGGAAUAUUGUUUGCGUUUAAUUUGAAAAAAAAAUGAUGAUAUUCAACUUGA